AUGUCUUCGGAUUUGCAAGACAUUGUCCUCCGUGUUGUGGAGAAUUUAAGCAACAUACAACCGGCAAACUCAGCUGCAACGUCUAGCGGCGAAGGAUGCCAAAACUUUACCAACGCGACCGAAGAGCAGGAAUUGAACCGGUGCUUUCAAGUACCUCGCCUGCCAGCACCAAAUUCAUCAGUUCUGCAGCAAUCUUCUGGUCGUGACUUAGCUGCUGGAUUCUCAAGCAGACAAUACUAUAGUUCGGCCAGACAGCUGAGAAUGCGCAGGCAAGUUCCAAGAUCUUCUUCCGGGCGCUUUCAACCUUAUGUUAGAAAUUCUUCGCGUGGGGGCAAUCGCGACGUUGUCGAACUGCCAUCUUACUUCAAGGAUGUUUGUGUUCUUCCCAGCCCUUCUUGGGAAAGAGUACCUCGUGGAAAAAUGAAGGCGUUCUGUAUCAACAAAACGUGUAUGUUGAUGCAUGGGAAGUGA